UCAUCCCUCAUGGCAGCCUCUUCUGAUCAAGAAUUUGAAAAACAGAAAUCAAAUAGCAACACAGUAUGUUAAGCUUCUGGGAAGCUGUCAAUUAUGCUUUUUUACCAUAAUAAUAUUUAGGAGUCACAGAAGAUUUAGAAAGAAAUGUUUUCUUCAAAGUUUCCUCCUUAUAAAAUUAGACAAUCAACUACAGGCAUUUCUUUUGUUCUCGUUUGAACUAUAGCUUAGACUCAAAGUAACCAUAAUAUAAUGGUAUAAGAGACUACUUUGUGAGACUUGUCAGUCCCCGGUUUUAAAAUCCUAUGGGGAGUCUUUUCCGUUCAGGUGCAAGGCUCGCUGUUUCUGGUGAAUUGCGAGUUUGAGACUCCACUAAAGCGCUAAAACCUAUCAGGGCUGAAAAUUUUUGAAACAAUAUGUACAUGUAGUUUAUAUUCCCACAAGCAUGAAAAUAGAGCUAAGAGCUAACGUCUUCAAACGGCUGCAGGCCAUGCCUUAAUAUUGGUACUUAAUUGCACAUCAAAUAUGCGUUUACCAGUUCCAGUUUACCUUAAAAGCUACGACUAAAAUAUGCGUUGUACUCAGUAAUAUACUGAUGUGGGAUUUGUUCUGGCCUAUUCUCAUGUGCGACCGUAGGUAGUUAAGAUUUUGUUAGACUUGGGAUAGUUAAUGUUAGAGACGGUCUGAUUCCUAUUAAGCCCAAGAUUCAGAGAAUUCCCAGUAUUUGAUGAACCAUUGGACAGGUCUAGUAAUAGGGUGCAGUGAAACCUCUCAGCAAAUAAUAAAUUAUCAGUUUAUAAAAUGUCGGCGUUGUAGGUUUUUGAUGGUAAAAUAUAUAACAUAUAAAACAAUUAUUAUUUUAAUCUGACUUUUGCAGGCUGAUAAUUGUCCUCCGAUCACCACCUCAAGCCUUACUUCACGAGUAGAACCAGGUCAAGAUGACGGUUUUUCUACCAGCAGGUCAGUACUAAACGUUACCCUUCUGGGAAGUGAGUGGAAUUCCUCAGAAGGUGGUUUGUCCACAUUCAAUAGGGAACUUGCAAUUAACCUUUCAAAACACCCCAAAGUGGAAGUGACAUUGUUGGUUCCAGAGGGAGUUUGUAAAGAUGAUGAGAAAAGAGAAGCUUCAAGCUUUGGGGUUACUAUUAUCGAGGCGAAGAAACUACUAGACUAUGAUCGUCUUGAUUGGUUAACCUGCCCACCUAAAGAUCUCAGUAUUGAUGUGCUCGUUGGACAUGGUAGGAAACUUGGCCGCCAAGUACAGAUAAUACGAAAUAAUGUCAAAUAUAGUAACUGUAAGUGGCUGCAAGUGGUGCAUACUGCUCCAGAAGACCUCAGCAAGUUCAAAGAUGACAAUGAUCCCCUGUCGAAAGGUGAAAAAAAGCAUGAUGUCGAAGUCGAGCUUUGCGAACUUGCCGAUCUUGUCAUUCCUGUUGGACCGCGAUUGACCGAGUUUUUCUCUUCGUAUUUACGCGGCUGCAAAAAUGAUAACGACUUGUUUUUGUUUACUCCAGGACUUUUCGAAAGAGAAUUCGGGGAUUUAGAACAAGCUUCUCGUCACAAUGCAGAAUUUAGAGUUUUAAUAUUUGGUCGUGGCUCUGAGAAAGAUUUCGAGGUUAAAGGGUACGACAUUGCUGCCAAAGUAUUUACAGACCCAAGGUUGAGGAGGAAGCGUUAUCAACUGAUCUUUGUUGGAGCACCU